CUGUGGCCGGAGGCGCGGUCAGAAGCGGUGCCGAGCGCCCCUGCGCCCAUCCCUGCCGCUUUCGCUGCGCCCGAUUUGCUUCCCAAGAAAGGAUGUCCAGACUUGUGUGGUGCAUGAUGAGUCUCUACUUCUAUGGGAUCCUGCAAAGUGAUGCCUCAGAACGCUGUGAUGACUGGGGACUAGAUACCAUGAGGCAAAUCCAAGUGUUUGAAGAUGAGCCAGCUCGCAUCAAGUGCCCACUCUUUGAACACUUCUUGAAAUAUAACUACAGCAUGGCCCAUUCAGCUGGCCUCACUCUGAUCUGGUAUUGGACUAGGCAGGACCGGGACCUUGAGGAGCCAAUUAACUUCCGCCUCCCUGAGAACCGCAUCAGUAAGGAGAAAGAUGUGCUCUGGUUCCGGCCCACUCUCCUCAACGACACAGGCAACUAUACCUGCAUGUUAAGGAACACCACAUAUUGCAGCAAAGUUGCAUUUCCCCUGGAAGUUGUUCAAAAAGACAGCUGUUUCAAUUCCCCCAUGAAACUCCCAGUACAUAGACUGUAUAUAGAAUAUGGUAUUCAGAAGGUCACUUGUCCAAAUGUAGAUGGAUAUUUUCCUUCCAGUGUCAAACCAACCAUCACUUGGUAUAUGGGCUGUCAUAAAGUACAGAAUUUUAACAAUGUAAUACCUGAAGGCAUUAACUUGAGUUUUCUCAUUGCCUUAAUUUCAAAUAACGGAAAUUACACAUGUGUUGUUACCUAUCCAGAAAAUGGACGUACUUUCCACCUCACCAGGACUCUGACUGUAAAGGUGGUAGGCUCUCCAAAUGAUGCAGCGCCCCCCAACAUCUAUUCACCCAAUGAUCACGUGGUCUAUGAGAAAGAACCUGGAGAGGAGCUACUCAUCCCCUGUAAAGUCUAUUUUAGUUUCCUGAUGGAUUCUCGCAAUGAAGUUUGGUGGACCAUUGAUGGAAAAAAGCCUGAUGACAUCACUGUUGAUGUAACCAUUAAUGAAAGUGUAAGUUAUAGUAGAACAGAAGAUGAAACAAGAAUUCAGAUUUUGAGCAUCAAGAAAGUAACCCCCGAGGACCUCAAGCGCAGUUAUGUCUGUCAUGCUAGAAAUGCCAAAGGGGAAGUUGACAAAGCAGCCAAGGUGAAACAGAAAGCUCCAAUAUACACAGUGGAACUGGCAUGUGGUUUUGGAGCCACAGUCCUGCUGGUGGUGAUUCUCAUUGUUGUUUACCAUGUUUACUGGCUGGAGAUGGUCCUAUUUUACCGGGCUCAUUUUGGAACAGAUGAAACCAUUUUAGAUGGGAAGGAGUAUGAUGUUUAUGUAUCCUAUGCAAGGAAUGCAGAAGAAGAGGAAUUUGUAUUACUGACCCUCCGUGGAGUUUUGGAGAAUGAAUUAGGAUACAAGCUGUGCAUCUUUGACCGAGACAGUCUGCCUGGGGGAAUUAUCACAGAUGAGACCUUGAGCUUCAUUCAGAAAAGCAGACGCCUCCUGGUUGUCCUAAGCCCCAACUACGUGCUCCAGGGAACGCAAGCCCUCUUGGAGCUCAAGGCUGGCCUAGAAAAUAUGGCCUCUCGGGGCAGCAUCAACGUCAUUUUAGUACAGUACAAAGCUGUGAAGGAGACGAAGGUGAAAGAGCUGAAGAGGGCUAAGGCGGUGCUCACGGUCAUUAAAUGGAAAGGGGAGAAAUCCAAGUAUCCACAGGGCAGGUUCUGGAAGCAGCUGCAGGUGGCCAUGCCAGUGAAGAAAAGCCGCAGGUGGUCUAGCAGUGAUGGGCAGGGUCUCUCCUAUUCAUCCUUGAAAAAUGUAUGAAAGGGACAAUGAAAGGGAUAACAAGAACAAAGGUACUCCAAGAAGGAAGAGCUCUCUCCUUCUUCAUUCCCAGUUCGUGGUUUCCUAGGCAGAAAAAAAUUCUGUCUAAUCCUCCCCAUAGGGAAAAAUUCCGAGUGACUGUGUGGCUGGCUAUUCUACUUCUUCAGGCAAUACUAAGGUUUAGAAUGAUAUUAUCAACAGUCUGUCACCAGUCUCUGAUGUCACUAUGUUCUUUGCUGGGAAAGAUCUGGUUGAUGUGGGUUUCCACUUCUGCAUCUUCCAUCCCUGUCCCUAUGUGUCUCUCUCAUUUUUUUAUCUUAACUUAUGGAGUAGUCUUUUCCAUGGAUUUAAAGACUCCUUUAAAAUAAGUCAUCUGUUGACAGGGUCAUUAUGGGUGUCCCAGUAUAAUUUUCUGUUUCUUUUAUUUUUAUUCCUCCAUUAAUAAGAUCAUCAGGGCCUACAUUUAUUUUAGCUGAGGACAGUGAACUCCUUUGCACCUAUGGCUGUACAAUGCACCAUCACAGCAAGAGUGAUACCCAC